UAACAAAACACCGAUACACCACUCCACACUCCACUUCGUUUCCGCCGAGCACUCCACGCCGAGUCUACUCUCUGGCUCUCUGCAGCCUCCCUCCACCCUCUCUGUCCCCCACUUUGUUUUUGCUCGCAAGAAAAAACAUACGUAAAUCCGCCGUCGCCUCCACCGCCGAAGCUUCUGGGUCCUCUUCGCUUCCUCUCCGCGAAAGAUUAGCCCGCCGACGUUGAAAAAUGGUAAUGCCGGUGUCCGUCUCCGCCGUUCCUCGAUAUGUUCUCGUUUCGUGGGUAGUUGCAGGAUGUGCGCUUGCUCUGACGGCGUAGGGCAGCGCGGGUUGAGAGUUCAUCGUUGAGAUGAGGCUGGUAGUGGAAAAAAGAAUCUGAAAAGACAGUGAAGUGGAUUGGAAAAAAAAAGGCGUGGGUAAAGUGGCAUAAUUAUUGGUGCCCAUCUGUAGCUCUUGGCUUCUUGCAAUGCUCGGGAAGAUGGUGGCUUUUUGCUUGCUUCUGUUUGUAGAUCUGGGCUUUUUCAAGAUUAGUUCAUUCUGUUCUGGACUCAAAUGCCUUUCCUCCCGCAGAGCAAGAUGAGGAAAUGUUCACAAAAUGAUCUUCAGAAGUGAUCUUGACUGACAAGUUGAUUGCAGAGUUGCUCUAGGAUAUCAACUGCUGUUUCUUGGCUCUUUUUUUGAAUCUGUGAGUAGAAGUUUUUUGGUGGAAUAUCUUCGUUCAAGAUGAUGCAGAGGCCACCAUUCCGACCGGAGGAGUACUCCUUGAAGGAGACCUCCCCUCACCUUGGUGGUGCAGCUGCUGGUGACAAGCUCACGACCACCUAUGAUCUGGUUGAGCAGAUGCAGUACCUUUAUGUCCGAGUGGUAAAAGCGAAGGAACUUCCAAACAAGGACAUUACUGGAAGCUGUGACCCAUAUGUUGAGGUGAAGCUUGGGAAUUAUAAGGGCACAACUCGGCAUUUUGAGAAGAAGAACAACCCGGAGUGGAACCAGGUCUUUGCCUUUUCAAAGGAGCGCAUUCAGUCAUCAGUUGUGGAGAUUGUAGUGAAGGACAAGGAUCUUGUUAAGGAUGACUUCAUUGGGCGUGUUGUAUUUGACUUGAAUGAGGUCCCAAAGCGAGUACCACCUGAUAGCCCAUUGGCUCCACAGUGGUAUCGGUUGGAAGACCGAAAUGGGCACAAGGGGAAGGGAGAGUUGAUGUUAGCUGUUUGGAUGGGCACUCAAGCAGAUGAAGCAUUCCCUGAAGCAUGGCAUUCUGAUGCAGCCUCAGUCCCUGGCGAUGGCCUUGCAAGCAUUAGAUCAAAAGUUUAUCUUACUCCAAAGCUUUGGUAUCUGCGUGUCAAUGUCAUUGAAGCACAGGAUCUUAUACCAAAUGAUAAGACUAGGUUCCCUGAGGUUUAUGUCAAAGCCAUUCUAGGCAACCAAGCACUUAGGACCCGGGUAUCACCAAGCCGGACUCUGAAUCCAAUGUGGAAUGAGGACUUGAUGUUUGUAGCGGCUGAGCCAUUCGAGGAGCACCUGAUUUUGAGCGUAGAGGACAGGGUGGCCCCAGGGAAGGAUGAAGUGAUUGGAAGGACGAUCAUUUCACUGCAGCAUGUACCCCGGAGGCUGGAUCACAAGUUGCUGAACAGCCAGUGGUUUAAUCUUGAGAAGCAUGUGAUUGUGGAUGGUGAGCAGAAGAAGGAGACCAAAUUUUCCAGCCGGAUUCACUUGAGAAUUUGUCUUGAAGGUGGAUACCAUGUCUUGGAUGAGUCAACACAUUACAGUAGUGAUUUAAGGCCAACGGCGAAGCCUCUAUGGAAACCUAGCAUUGGCAUUCUUGAGCUGGGUAUCUUGACAGCACAUGGCCUGUUGCCGAUGAAGACCAAGGAUGGACGUGGCACAACUGAUGCCUAUUGUGUUGCCAAGUAUGGUCAGAAAUGGGUCCGGACAAGGACUAUAAUCGAUAGUUUCACUCCCAAGUGGAAUGAACAGUACACCUGGGAGGUGUAUGAUCCAUGCACUGUGAUCACAUUUGGUGUAUUUGACAAUUGCCACCUGAAUGGCGGGGAAAAGGCUAAUGGUGCCCGGGACACCAGGAUUGGGAAGGUUCGCAUCCGCCUCUCGACCCUUGAAACCGAUCGAGUGUAUACCCACUCAUAUCCUCUUAUUGUUUUGACACCUGCUGGCGUUAAGAAAAUGGGUGAGGUGCAGCUUGCUGUCCGGUUCACGUGCUCAUCACUGCUCAACAUGAUGCAUCUGUACUCACAGCCCUUGCUACCCAAGAUGCACUAUGUGCACCCGUUGUCUGUGGUGCAGGUAGACAACCUAAGGCGCCAAGCCACAAACAUUGUCUCAACAAGGCUGAGCCGAGCAGAACCGCCACUCCGAAAGGAAAUUGUGGAGUACAUGUUGGACGUGGACUCACACAUGUGGAGCAUGCGAAAGAGCAAGGCAAACUUUUUUCGUAUCAUGGGUGUCCUGAGCCCCCUGAUUUCAGUGGCUAGGUGGUUUGAUCAGAUCUGUCACUGGAGGAACCCGCUGACCACCAUACUGAUCCACAUCCUCUUUGUGAUACUAGUCUUAUACCCUGAGCUGAUCCUGCCCACAAUCUUCCUCUACCUGUUCCUGAUUGGAGUGUGGUACUACAGGUGGCGUCCGAGGCAGCCACCGCACAUGGACACUCGCCUGUCACAUGCCGAGACUGCCCAUCCUGAUGAGCUUGAUGAAGAGUUUGACACUUUCCCCACCUCUCGACCACCUGACAUGGUGAGGAUGCGGUAUGACCGGUUGCGGAGUGUUGCUGGGAGGAUCCAGACUGUCGUUGGCGACCUUGCGACGCAAGGAGAGAGGCUGCAGUCUCUGCUGAGCUGGAGAGACCCGAGGGCCACCGCGCUGUUCGUGACCUUCUGCUUCAUUGCCGCCAUCGUCCUGUAUGUCACACCGUUCCGUGUCGUGGUCUUCCUUGCAGGGCUGUACGUCCUGAGGCACCCGAGGUUUCGCCACAAGAUGCCAUCUGUCCCGCUCAACUUCUUCAGGAGGCUGCCAGCGAGAACUGACAGCAUGUUGUAGGCGCAGCCAUCUCUUAGCUCUGUAGCCCAGUGUUUUGCUCCAUUGAUGGUUCGGUGUUCAUCUACUAAUUGCAGCUCGAAUGCUGAUCUCGAUGAUCAUCCGAAAAAUUGAACUGCUUGCUAUCUAUGUUGUUUCGUUUUGUAGCAUUUCUGCCGCAUGGUUGUGUUGUUUAUGUCUUAAGAUGGUUGUGAACCUUUCCUGUAAGAACUGAACUCAUGAAGUCUGAGUGUGGCUAGGAAUGCAACUAUGGAUGUAUUGUGCGUGUUCUCAGUUCUAA